AUGCAGGCCCCAGACGAUGGUGCGGGGGGUGCCGAGGGUGGUGCCGGAGCGCCUGAGGGCCCCGGAGGCCCCGGAGAACCCGAAGGCUGUGAUGGGACCGCAGCUGAGGGCACAGUGGCUGGGGGAGCUUCCGAGCUCGAGGGGGCGUCGCCUGCCCCUAGGAACGGUGAAGAUGCUUCAGCCUUGGCCUCGGGCGAAGCCUCAGGAAGCCAGCUGUUGGAGUUCGCCCUCAGGGUGCCUUUCCUGUGCUACGUGGAUGCGGAGAUGGCCCGCCAGUACCUGAUUUCAGGCGAGGAAUCCUUCCAGGGGGCCGCUCAGAUGGAGCUCGCAGUGAUUGGCAGUGACCUGCUGAUCAAACUCACUGCCGAGGACUCUACCCUCCUGCAGAUUUCCACUGCCACCCUGCUCAACCAGCUUUCCACCAUAAUUCAGACCAUGCAGCACUUUGUGCCCCCGUUUUUUGCCAAGCCUCGGCCUGGAAAAGGGGGCUGA